AGCUCCUGCCCAUCGAAAUAGUUCUCAUGAGCCCGAAAAUCAGCAGAAAAACGACAAAGAAAAACCAAACAAGAUAACUUUUAACUUUCACAAGACACAAAAAAUAAUAAAUAAUGAGAAAAAUGGAAAAAUCGAUGAGGUAUUCAGCCAGACAUCUACUGUCUUUAAGUCCAAAUAUUUCAAUAUUCUUAAUCGCCCUAUUAAAGAGGAUAAUAAAAAUUCUCUUGUCGCCAAUAAGAGCAGUGAGCUCCAGGAAAAUCUGAAAGAUCAUCUUGCUUCCAAUAAAAAUACUGAGCUACAGGACAAUCUGAAAAAUCCACUUGUAUUCAAUAAAGAUAGUGAGGAAAGACAGGAAAGUCUACAAAAUCCACUUGUAUUCAAUAAAGACAGUGAUCUACAGGAAAGUCUUCAAAAUCCAGCUAUAGACAAUAAAGAAAGUGAGAUACAGGAACAGUCGUCAAAAUCCAGCUGUAUUUAAUAAAAACAGUGAUAUACAGGAACCUCUUCAAAAUUCUUCCAUAAUCAAAAACGACAGCGAUCUGCAGGUAAUUUUACAUAAUCAAUUUAUAAUCAAUAAAGACAGAGAGCAACAGGAAAACCUUCAAAUCGAACUACUAAUCAAAAAACUCAGAGAGAAAAAUUUUAAAAAUCAACCGAUACUCAACAAAGAACAGGAGCUUCAGAAACUUUUUCAAGUAUUCAAUAAAAACAGUGAGUUUCAAGAAGAGCUUAAAAAUCAACUAUUAGUCUAUAAAAGCAAUGAGCAAAGGAAAAUUCCUCAAAAUGAGCUUUUAGUCAAUAUAGAAGGUGAGCUACAGUAUAACCCUGAAGAAGAAAGGCGUAAAUCAGACGUUGAGUCAAAACCAAAAACGAUAAGUACAUCAGCAAACCAAAACAAAAUGAGAAAGAAGAGUUUUUCAAAAGCCCUAGAUAAAUCAACCAGCUCUAACAAAGUUUCUGGGAAGCAAUUGAAUAUGAAUUUCUUCCCUGCAACAGGUACGCCAACAAAUUCGAUAAAAAAAGAUGAAACCAACUCAAUCACAUCAAUUUUUCUGCACGAGGAGCCGUCCUUAGUCGAAGAUUUGGUUACAAUCAGGACAGGCAGUAUAUUUUUAGGUGGCCGAAAAUCUAUUGACCGGAGAAACUUUUACGAAAGGCUUAACUUGGCCAGGAAAGCCAGCGAGGUCUUAUGUAUGACCUCAGAAAUGUACAACGAGAAAUUGAGGAAGUGUAAGCAGUAUCUUAAUCGCGACGAUCUGGUCGAUGUUAACAAAACAGACUCAUCUUCCGUUGACUUUGAGGGAAUACAGGAUCGCGACUUGCUGCUUUAUCCUUAUACUCAAAUAUAUCAAAAGAAGUGUGAUACCAGAAAAGAAAAUCAAUCUAAUGUAAGUAAAAUAAUAAAGAAAAGUCCGAAACCAACUGCAGAAUCAAAUGAAGAAGCUGUUAAAAGUGGAGAAGAAUUGGAGCAGACGACAGCUUGUAUUAUGUGCCGAACAAUAAAGCGAAAUCACGUUGAAAAGGAAGCACCCUUCUUGGAGGAGAUGAGAAAAGAGCAAAGGCGGCGUGAACUGUUGGCAUACCGAGCCAAUUUUUCGAGCCACGAUAAAUGCAGUAGGGGAUUACUACCUUUUGUGCCAGAAAAAACCGAUCUAAGUCGACCUUUAAGCUUGCAUGAUCUCAGCAGAAAAUUGCUUUACUCUCUGGAGAGCAAAAGAAUUAUUUUUACCAAUGAAAGAAAUUUAAACAACAACACCCCGAAGAGCGAUUUAAUUACUUUCCCUGGGAAAAGUAAGUCUGUUACUUUACUCAUGAAAAGUAACUCCAUUACUUUCCUCAAGAGAUGUAAUUGAAUAACUUUUCCUUGGGGAAGUAGCUCCAUUACUUGUUUUUAAGGAACAGAUGCAUUUGUAGUAAAAAUAUUU